AUGGCGUCUGAGAGUUUGCAUAUCUCAAAUAAUCAAAUGGCAUGCGGGGAAACAAUUAACAUCUGUGUUGGAAAUGAUUCAUUCACAAUCCAUGAGAACUUGAUCAAAGAGUCUUCACCAUUUCUAUGCAGCCUUCUGAGGAGGAAGAAACCUGGAGACACGUAUGUCUUGAACAUACCGGAAGAAUACAAUACAGCAGUGCAGUUCUAUGCCAACUGGGUCUACAGACGCGUUAUACCUUCUGCAGCUGGCUCGGAACUGGAAUUAAGAAAGGAAUCGAUGACCUUAGCGAAGGCAUACGUUGUCGGAAAGAGAUUCGAAGACAGUGGCUUUCAGAAUGCCGUGGUUGACCGCGUCAUCGAAAGAGCAAAAGGAACAUUUGACAAGAAACAGAUACUACCAGAUGCAGAAGCAAUCCAAUUUACCUACCAAAAUGUGAAGAAGUGUUCGAAGUUCAAGGUUCUCCUGGUCGACCUGUACGCAUCUCACGCUAUCAGCGGCUAUUUCUGCAAGCCUGCCUCCAGCAAGUACCCAAAAUUGUUCCUGAUUGAGGUCCUCUCGGCGGUUGCCGACAUGCAAUUCACCGGAAGGAUGAGUCCUACUAACGGAAGUAAAAAGAAUGCCUGCGAGCGCUAUCACCAUCAUUCCUCAGAUGCAGCAUAUUGCUAA